UUUAUUAUUAUAAAUUCUUCUAUUAUAAUCACCAUAUUCACUUCAAUCACUGUAUAAAGCAGAUUAGAGUUAAUUUAUUAUAUAAAUAAAUUUUAUUUAAGGUAAGCUCGUGGAGCAAGCGUUGGUUCACGCAUAUUUUUUUGUCCGUAAUAAUGCUAUUAUACAGUGUCGCUGGAGCAUUUAUAUUCGUUUACGUCGAAGGCCGUCACGAAGAUCAUAUUAUAUUGGACAUUAGAAAAGACAGAAAUGAAACAAUACGCGUGAUAAGAGAAUAUUGUCUGGACAAAAAUUUGUUUGAUCAUGCAGACAGGUGGAGAGGAAAAACAGCUAAUGAGCUGAUGAAUUAUGAGCUAAAAUUGAAGGAAUACUACAAGCAUGCAUUACUCAAUGACAAUCAAAAAGUUUGGACAUUUUGGAAUGCUAUGUUUUAUGCCGGUACUAUUUACACAACAAUUGUGACGAGGAUCGUUAUUAAGAUGGAAGACAGUUAUACAGUGCACAGACGGCGUAAAGCUGCUGCUAGGAGACGUGAUAAAACUCCAGAACCUUCACGAGCUGUUACUGCGGCUAUUGCUAAAGAUAUUGAUGAAGAAAAUGAUGAUGAGGAUAAAAAAAUACUGGAGGCUAGAGCGCGAAUGGAACAAAUGGUUGAAGAUACUGAAAAGAUGGAGGAGUUGGCUGUUGAUGGAAGAUUGAAGUCACACUCAUCCAGUCCUACGUCUAUUAUUGAAGAGCAAAUGGCAGAAGCUGCUGAAAUGAAAAACCAAUUAGGUUUAGUAGUUUUGGAGAAGAGUCAAAUUAAAAUAGAUGCUAAGGUUGAUGAUAAAAGGAAAGAUUUAAUGCAGUUGGAGAAAAAGGUUGAAGAAAAAUCUACUGCUGCAAUUGCUUCUGCUACUGCUAUUGCUAUUGCUGCUAAUGUUAAUAUGGUUCUGACUGAACCAAUAGUGAACGAAAAUAGAACGGAGUCAAAUAGAAGGAUUAAAUCAUCUUCCUCGUCGUCGUCACAUGGAGAUAAAGCAGCGGUGAGACGGAGAACUAGGCGUUCAAAGGAACGAAGAAGUUCCAGUGAUUCGAGUCUUGCUGAAGAUGAUAGAUCUAGUAAGAGUGAUUUUGAAGAAAGAAAAAAAAAAUCAAGGAAACUACGGAAAGAUUUGAAGGAGAAAGAUUUUAAAGAUAAAAAAGAUAGUAAAGAGAAGGAUCAUGAAGAUAAAUUUAAUAAAGAGAAGAAACAUGAAGAAAAAGAUAAUAAAGAGAAGAAAAAUGAAGAAAAAUCUAAUAAAGAAAGUCAAGGUACAGAAGAGAUGCCGGUUAUCUAUUCAAAAACGCUGACACUUGUUGGCAAACAGAUUAUACCUCUGAGCAGCGAUAGUCUCAUUGAAGACUUUAAGAAAGCAGAGAGAGAUUAUUAUGAGAGAAGGGAAUUGGGAAUUCUCGAUGUACAAAUUGAUGACUAUGUUAAUCCAAAGAUGGAAGCUGCUUUGAGAAAACGUAAAAGGAAAAAAACACGUGAAAUAAAUCUGAAAGAAAAAACAGAAGAGAAAAUUGAGGAAAAAAAAUCUUUUUGGACAUGGUUUGGAUUUUUUAAAAGAAAUGUUAAGCCGGAAGAAAGUAAAGUUGAACCUAAAAAAAAAGAAGUUGUUGUUGAGUCUAAAAACGAAGAAAUUAAGCCCAAAGUCCAAAAAUCUUCAAGGAUAAUUGAAUUUAUAAGAGCUUUAAAGGAUAUUAGAGCUGAGUUUCGCGCUUAUGUAGACCAAAGUCCUCGGGAGGUUUAUUUAAUUCGCAAAAUUCGUAAUAAAUGUGUUGCUCAGUUAAUUUUGAUAAUUAUAUAUUGCGGAUUAGGAGCUUUUAUUUUUCGCUUUACCGAGGGAGCUUUUGAGACAUUUUACAAGUGCGGAGUUAAGCGGGUAAAACGUGACUUUUUAGACAGUCUCUGGAAUUACAGUCACAAUAUGCGGGAAGACGAUUGGAAAAGUAUGGCGAGGAAGAAAUUGAUGGAAUUGGAAGAACAGUUACAUGCAGCUCACGAAGCUGGAGUACAAUCGUACAGUGGUCAAAAAAGCUGGAGUUUUCUCAAUGCGGUUGUUUAUUGUCUUACUGUUAUUACAACAAUUGGAUAUGGCCAUAUAGCACCGACCACAACGACAGGCCGAGCUAUCACAAUUGUCUACGCUAUUUUUGGCAUCCCGUUGUUCCUUAUUAUACUCGCUGAUUUUGGUAAACUUUUUACAAGGUGCAUCAAAUUUUUUUGGGCAUAUGUAAGAAGACUCUACUACACAGGAAGUUGUCGGCGAGUGCGAAGAACUGCUCCUGUUCAAGAAGUGAUGAAAGGCGUUCAAUUGGUUUAUGAUCUUGCAACGUUCAGACGUCCAUCAGAACUGAGUCCUGAAGAACUAGCUGAAAUGCAGAAACAGCAAACAGUUCUCAAUCUUGACGCUAAUAUACCUGUGAGCCAGCCUGGGACUCCAGUGACACCAGAAUUCUCAAAUUUCGCCAUAAAUGAUGAAUUUAAUUUACCUAUUUCCGUAGCAAUUACUAUCUUAUUAGCUUACAUAUUUGUUGGAGCAACUGCAUUCAAUUUGUGGGAACAAUGGGGCUUUUUUGAAAGCUUCUACUUUGUUUUUAUAUCCAUGAGCACAAUUGGCUUUGGCGAUUAUGUACCAAAGCACCCUAUUUACAUGAUGUGUUCAAUAGUCUACUUAGUGUUUGGUCUAGCCUUGACUUCCAUGUGUAUAAAUGUUGUUCAGGUGAUGCUGUCGGAUUCUUUUAAGCAUGCAACUCAAAAGAUAGGCGCGACUAUUGGUUUCGCAAUUGCUGAUGAAGAUGGAUCGAUACCAGCGCCUGUACCGUUAGUAGAAGUAGCACAAGUUCAUACAACUAUUAAAGAAGAUGAUUGUGAAUGUGAAUGUGACUGUGUAACCAAAGAUACUACUGAAGAGAUAAAAGCUCCAAAAGCUCACGAAGAAGAUGUUAACUUGUAA